AUGCCCUACGCCGGUACCCUUCACCGCAAGCCUAUUCCUAAGCCUGGCAUCUCCAUGCGCCCUCCGCAGCCCUAUUCACAUCCGGGACCUACCGACCCUUACCAGCAGAUGUCGAACCACUCGCGCACACGAACAUCCUCCUCCGGCGUCUUCCCAAUUCCCUCGGCUUCGCCUACCACCUACACGCCUCCAGGCACAAUGCACUCGCAAUACCCCUCGCAAUACCCUCCACAGCAGCAGCAGCAGCAGCAGCAACAGCAGCAACUAGCCCAAGGCACACGCCGCACCCUGUCCAACGCCACCUCCUCCACCUCCUCCACCACCGGCACCCCCAACCGCUCCAACAGCGGCACCCUCCGCCGCUCCUCGUCCUCCCGCUCCGGCUCCUCGCCCACCUCGUACGUCGCCCUCAUGCGCAAGCAAAAAGCCACCGUCUGGUGCGACCGCGCCCAGUACGAAGACCCCCGCAUCCUCGCCGCCCAGCGCGCCGCCAAGAUGCGAGCAAACAUGGAGGUAGCAGGAGGCCCCCACCACGGCGCGCCCCGCGCCUCGUCGAGCAGCUCGGGCGUCGCCGCCGGCGUCAGGAGCAAGAUCACGCACAGGGCGCCCAAGGCGUCGCUCUAUGCGCCCGGAAAUCUAGCAGGCACGGGCGUGCCCAUGCGGCUCAGUGCGUCCGAGGUCGAUGAGGGGGAUAGUGAGGACGGUGCGUCGGUGGGCGGAACCAAAUUCCAUCAGCGCACGGGGUCCGGGCGUAGUUCGUUGGGGUCUGGGCGGAGGGUUGCGUAUGCCGGCAGUGGAGCUGGAACUGGGGCCCGGAUGAGUUCAAAUUCGACGCCUCCCGAGGGUGUAGCGAAUAAUGAGGCCGGUAUGGCGGAUUUGGUCGAGGAGGAGACGCCUGCGACUGGUUAUAAUGCGGGGGAUUAUCUCGAGCAUACAGGGACGGGCUUGUAUGGGCGGAGUGGAAGUGCAAGUAGUGGGGAGAGGCAGUUUGGGGAUGUGGGACAGAUGCCGCGCGUGCAGGAGGGGAAGCAGAAGGAGAAGAAGGGGGCGGACGACCUGCAUAGGAGGGGCAGCGUGAUGAGUGUGGAUGAGAGGACGAUGACGAUGAGUGGGACGCGGUUGUUCAUUGCGAAUCCGGAUUUGAGCGAUUAA